UUAAUUGCCAUUGACUAUUCAGAUUCUUUAGCUAACGUGUCAUAUCUAUAUUGGUUAUUGUCGUGUACUUCUGUCACAGACAGUCACUCUACCAUUCCAGGACUUAAAUUAAUUUUCCUAUUCUUCUCUGCUACAUGGAGUAAAAAAAAUUAAAGCUUUGAGAUUUCUUUCCUUAUCGAUUUUUUUCUCUCUGCGAAUUGUUCGUUGUUUUCUUCUGCCACCUGAUUCUCAUCUUCUUUGUUCUGGAAGAAUCUGGGUUUUGUUUCGGAGUUUUCGAGGUUCUAGUUGUGGUUUCUAGGAUUAGGAUCAGAAGCCCUUUCUAGUAAACUUCAUGGUAGCUGCAAUUUGUUGAAGUAUUCACAGCUUUGUUCUGUUGGAAGCUCUAUGUGUUUCCUUCUCUGAUUGAAACGCAGAGAGAAUGAUUUUACCAAAGCAGUAUCGUUGCACACACUCCCCGAGCUGCCAAUGCACGAAAGGCCAUUUAAACGAAGACGUGUUGUUAUUAGUGUUCCAGCAUUUGAAUUGGAAUCCGAAAUUAGUUGCAACAUUUUCCUGUGUAUGCAGAUGGUUUGAUGAUUUCGCCAAACGGGUACUAUGGAAAGAGUUUUGCAAGACUCGUGCCCCAAAAAUGAUGCUUGAUUUGCAAUCUAGCGGUAGUCACUGCAUUGACGGUAACUGGCGAGCCCUUGGGAAGCUACUUAUCUACUGCUCAGGAUGUACACAAGGUGGUCUUUUCAAUAGCUCUGUUCAAAUCCCAGGCCACUUUGUUUAUAGAACCCGGUUCUCAAGAACCUUAGGAAAAAGCCUCCUUCCACCUCAGUGUAGAACCGAUGUACUCUAUGUUUGCGAUCCAUGUGAGCAUCUUGACCAAGGAGAAGAAGGGGACGUGGGUUUGUUCCGUGGGAUUUUCAAGUCAUUCCCAACAUCUAAAGUCCGGAAAGUGAUCAUUAACAAGGCAGUUCCUUUUCAUCCAUCCGAGGUUUGCCCGUAUUGUAAAGCUAGGCUAUGGAGCAUGCUACAAGCGAAGAUAAUACCUCAGAGUGCCUGCAUUCGUUUGGAAGCUUAUGAAGACUGCAUUGAGUAUUUUGUUUGCCUUAACGGACAUUUGCUCGGUAUCUGCACUCUCGCGCCUUUGUCUGAUUCGGAGGAUGCUAUUCCAAGCGAAGAUAGCAAUCACAUAGAGAAGAAACAAGACAAUUUCCUUCCUAAAGAGAACAUAUUGAAAAGGAGAAAUUCUUUGUUGGGUGGAAGUGAAAAUGGACCUCCGCCUCAAAAACGAUUGACCAAUCCAAAUCAAUGUAACAUUGAUGUGUGAAACAUCUGUAAAUUUGUGUACUUCUGCUAAAUCUAUUGCAUCUGCAGAGAUUCUUCAACAUUCAUAUACAGUCAAAUUAUGAUCAACAAUUUCCAUAAUCUCUGGACCUUUGAGACGUCAGUACAAUGACUCAUCAGCUUAUGAUUUAUAUAAACUCACAUUGAGAUAAAUAUUAUCAGUGCCU